UGUGUGUGUGUGUGUGUUUUUCCCUUUUCCCCCUACCCCGCGCACCUCGUUGGUGGGGACUUGCUGCUCCUCGCGCCGUGUCAGCUGCAACAGAAGGAUGAAAUAAAGGGAUGCUUUGAACGCGCCGCCGUCCUCCUCACAAAGAACAGAUCCACAGCCACCGCGAGGAGAGGGGGAGAGAGAGAGACGGAGACGGAAGAGAAGAGAAGAGAAGAGAAGAGAAGAGAAGGGAGGAGAGGAGUCAUCCCUUAUUCCCAGCAACACUGGGUGGAAAUAGCUGCCACCAUCAGACAAUAAGUUUGCUCCGCAGUUGUCCGGACGACGUGACCCGCCACGAGGUCUGGGUGUCACUGGCAUCUGGUCGAGGACUCUGGACCCAGACGCUCCGAGCGCUGUCUUCGCCUGCCGUCUCCGACAUCGUCCCGCCAACUGGACUUCCGCUCAGCUGUGAGAAACGACGGGAUUACACUGACCUCUCUGCAACAACUUCGGGGGACAAAGAAAAAAAGCCUUUGCCUGUUGCUGCUGUCCUUGUGUUGAGAUGUGCAGGACGCUCGCACUGCCCAGCCCGUUCCCGGCCAGGCCUCUUCUCCGACUGACCGCGUCUGAAGUGUCUGAGACCAUGAAGUGUUUAUAACCAUAGGUAAUGACGAGGCACAACCCUAACCCUGGAGAUGCCGAAGAGAAGAGACAUUCUUGCCAUCGUGUUGAUCGUGUUGCCGUGGACACUACUCAUCACCGUCUGGCACCAGAACGCCAUCGCACCCCUGCUAGCCAUCCGCAAGGCUUGUCACCACCUAGUCAGAGACUUCUUUAUCAUUCCCGAGCGGCUAGCCAUCCACCGCCACCGACUUGCAGAUGACGGUGCGGACGGCCAUCGUGAGGCGGGCGCGGGGGCGGCGGGCGACUCCAAGGAGUACUGCUCGCCGGACAAGGACAUCGUGGAGGUGGUGCGCACCGAGUACGUGUACACGCGGCCUCCGCCCUGGUCCGACGUGCUGCCCACCAUCCACGUGAUCACGCCCACCUACAGCCGGCCCGUGCAGAAGGCGGAGCUCACGCGGCUGGCCAACACCUUCCUGCACGUGGCCAACCUGCACUGGAUCCUGGUGGAGGACUCUCAGCGCCGCACGCCCCUGGUGGCGCGCCUGCUGCGGGAGACGGGCCUCAACUACACGCACCUCAACGUGGAGACGCCGCGCAACUACAAGCUGCGGGGCGACACGCGCGACCCCAGGAUCCCGCGCGGAACCAUGCAGCGGAACCUGGCGCUGCGCUGGCUACGGGAGACCUUCAGCGCCAACAGCAGCCAGCCGGGCAUCGUCUACUUCGCCGACGACGACAACACCUACAGCCUGGAGCUGUUCGAGGAGAUGCGCUCCACGCGGAAGGUGUCGGUGUGGCCGGUGGCCUUUGUGGGCGGCCUGCGCUACGAGUCGCCGAAGGUCAACGCCGCAGGCAAGGUGUACGGCUGGAAGACGGUGUUCGACCCGCACCGGCCGUUCGCCAUCGACAUGGCCGGCUUCGCCAUCAACCUGCGCCUCGUCCUGCUCAAGCCGCAGGCCUACUUCAAGCUGCGCGGCGUCAAGGGGGGCUACCAGGAGAGCAGCCUGCUCCGAGACCUCGUCACCCUCAACGACCUGGAGCCCAAGGCAGCCAAUUGCACUAAGAUUCUAGUUUGGCACACCAGGACAGAGAAGCCUGUGCUGGUUAACGAGGGCAAAAAGGGAUUCACAGACCCCAACGUGGAGAUCUGACACUGGCCAUCUCUAACGCUGGUACCUGGCUUUGGUAAAGCUUUCAACAAACUAGAGAGCACUCACCUCAGACUCACCUCAGAAACACAAGGACGGGGACAGCGGACAUAUCCAGCUGUCUUUGAACUAGACUAAACUAAUAACAAUACAAAUGUACAGUAUUGCAUUAAAGCACAGAGUAGAUGGCAAUAUUUAUCAGGUUUAAUGAACUACAAACAAACAAGCAAGCGAGCAAACAAACAAACACACAGAUUCUAGACACCACAUGAGGACAUGGAAGAGGAAGGGACCUUUUUUGGCACAUCACCCCAAGGGAAAAACUCCGCCUUCUGGGAGACAGCACAACGACGAGGGCCCAGGGAGCUCCACGUGGAUGAACUUUGAACUCUGACCUGUGUAGAGAACAUGACUGAUCCCCAGCGAGUGGAACGUGCUCUCGGGCGACUGUGCAGGGGACGGGUCGACGGAAGACCGGGCCUACAUCAAGAGCAAACAAACAUUCAACGUUGCUCUUUAGCUAAGCAAAAACUAAACAAACAGCAUCAAUAACGACGAAAACAACAACAACGACAAACAUUUGCAUCACAAUGGCCAUGCUGAGGUGAAGAGAGAGACGAUGGAGUUCUAGAACAAAUUAUCCGUUUAGAUUUUCAUUUGCAUCACAAUGGCCAUUCUGAGGUCAAGAGAGAGACGAUGGAGUUCUAGAACAAAUCAUCUGUUUAGAUUGUUUUUUGUCAUCCUGAAAAUACUGAGAAAUACUUAGAAGGGAAGGAGGUUUUAUUAUUUUGUUACAUAACUAUAUCUGCUUUUAACUGAAUGUUUUGUUGUUUACAAUCAUUGUCUUGCUGUUUCAGAACUACUGAUAUUUGCGUCCAUCUCAAACUCCCAUUCCCUAAUGCAUUUUUUUUUUUCAGUGUCCUAAAAAGCUUGUAAGAGUACUGAAGCACGCCCACUCAUCUCAAGUGAUAGAUCCCUGGAAGAACACUUUGAAAGAGAAGAACCUAACAUACUUCAGCAGCACUUAAAACUGUUACUCACUGUGUUCCUGUGUCGGGAACCCCUGUAAAUAUGAACUUUUUAAAAAGAAAACAAUCAUAGGCUUCAACACGGAGUAACCUAAAAGAGCGAGCAAUGUAACUACUGUAUUUAUGUAACUGGUAGGGGGAAGAGAGAAAUAACUAUGAAAACACAUUAAAUCAUGUCGAAAGAAUAUCAGACGGAACGCCUUGCAUACAUAACGAGCUAAACUCCCACCGUGUGGAGGGAGCCAUCCGUAAGGACGUACAGUACGUGCAGCCAUAACGACCCCCUGGUUAAGCAUAGGUCAAAAGGUCAAAGGUCGCGGUAGGAGCCCCAGCACAUUGAGCACUGUAGCCUAUCACCGCACUUCAGCAUACAGUAGUCUUGAAAGGAAUGGCCAGCUCAUACACAGACUACAUUUAUACUCAUUCAUCUAGUCAACGCUAUUAUCCUAGACGACUUACGGUACUCAUACAGAGGCAUAUUUACAUCAGAGCUUAUGUGCGGUCCCUGGCUAUCAAACACACACGGCCCUGGUGUUGUGUUAGCACCACGCUCUUGUCAGUCGAGUCUAUCAAACACACGGCCCUGGUGCUGAGUUAGCACCAUGCUCUUAUCAGUCGAGUCCAUCAAACACACGGCCCUGGUAUUGUGUUAGCACCACGCUCUUAUCAGUCGAGUCUAUCAAACACACGGCCCUGGUAUUGUGUUAGCACCACGCUCUUAUCAGUCGAGUCUAUCAAACACACGGACCUGGUGUUGUGUUAGCACCACGCUCUUAUCAGUCGAGUUUAUCAAACACACAUGGCCCUGGUGUUGUGUUAGCACCACAAUCUUAUCAGUCGAGUCCAUUGGA